AGUCCUCCCAGCGUUCGCGUGCGUCUCGUCUGAAACAAAGUUGUCGCCCUGACUGAUCUAGUUUAUCUGGGCUCACUGUCUAGUUCGACAUGAAGCCACCUCCUCGUAAGCGAAACAAAGUGACAAAAGAGGAGGAGCCGCCAUCCAAGAAGCAGCCGCGGCGGUGGUCCCAGUCCGAGCAGAGGCGGCUGAUCUCCGCUCUCAAGACUCUCAACUGCGCUGCUCGACCGUCGAGGAACCCGGGGGACCCCGAUUACGACGCGCUGGCCAAAGCUGUGCGAACCCGAACCGAGUCAGAGGUCAAGACCUAUGUGGAGUCACUGAUGGAUGAGCUGGUGUCAGUGGCCAGUGCCCAGCUGAAGAAUACCAGUCGGUGGGGCAGUAGGAACCGAAAGCCCAUUGAGUUGUGGACACGCAUGGCUUCCAGAGUGACUGGUGACCUGGAGGCCCCCAUCACUGCUGCGUUCUCCAAGAUGCUAAUCGUGUGCUCAACAGAGCCUCUCUCGCAACUGAACAGUGAUCCGCCCAAGGUCCACAGACCCCCGAGUACUGGUGGGUCCCUUGUGGCUUGUAGCCUUCCUGUGAGGCCGAUGGUCCUUCCGCCUUCCUCAGCGACCAACGCUGGAGUCAGAACCGCGUUUCCACCUCUUUUAAUUCAGACUCCUCCCAGAUCAGUGGGUCCAACCAAGGCGCUGCCCCAAGUCAUCCAGGUGGCCAAUGCCCGUCCCCUGAACCCGACUGUUUUCAGUGCAGCCACUCCUCCGAGGGGACCUGUGCGUGUGGUCUUCACUCCUCCCAGGCCCCCAUCCAGCCCAGCUGCUGCACCCACCCCAGUUCAAAGUGCACCUCCAUCACCUACUAACCCCUCGGCCCCUCCCACCUCGAAGUCCAGGCUGGAUGGAAACUCUGGUGUCAAAAAUGAUGUGGACUUUGAGCGCAUCUAUCAGUACCUGGGUCUGACUGGCAAGCCAGACAGAGCGUGCAAGCUCACCUCCAUGGAGAGCGCUAUAGUGCUGGACCUGUUGAUGUCGCUGCCGGAGGAGCUCUCCCUUCUGGACUGCAGCCAACUGAAAAAACACCUGGUUCAGGUGUACCAGUGUCUUUCCUCCAAUGCUGGCUCCAAAAAAUCACAGGCCUUCAUUGAUGAGCUCAAGAUGAAGAAACAAACCUCAAGGACAAGCCCACUUCCUGACGGGGAGGUCGAGUGCCGCGCCUCGAAAGACCAGAGGAGUGGCCAGACUCGACAGGAAGCCAGUGCCUCGUGGAGUCCACAGACCUCCUCAGACAGUGGGGAGGCCCAGACUGAGCCACCAGAGCAGUGGGAGGGACUGUGCCCCCCUCUCAACCCCUUCAUGAUCCCUCUUAAACUGCUGAGGCGGAAAUAAGUCGACUCUUUUGUUGGACGUUGAACAUUCAUGCAGCUUUAUUUGGUUGGUAGGUGUUCUCCUGCCACACGGUCCAGUACAAUGCACUUUAUUAGCCAGAUGCCAUUCACUCCCCAGGUAAUGAUUCAUUUUAAUUUGCCUUCAUAUAACUUUAUUAUGGCAAAUCAUGAUGCGCCAGCUUCAGGAGUUGCCAAAAAACAGUGACAGGGUUGUUCACUUCUUAUGGUCCGUCUCCAUUAACUUGUCAUGUGUUGUUAAGGAUGAGGCCUCAUGUAAAACCCAGUUUAUUACCAUGACACUCUGCUGUGCUCUGUCAAAUAAAUGUUUUUUUAAAGGGAAAUUAAGAAUAAGGUUGUUUGCUGAUACGAAAAAAAGAUCAAG